GCAGGUCGACAAGACAACAUUUACAGAUGACUACGUUGCGAAUUCGCGACGACUUUCAAUCUCGUUCUUCCGGCCCGGCUAAUUGGAUGAUGUCCUGAACGAGCCGACCUGGCACCUUCCAUCACGAUAGUUCGACCCGCACUUCGCUUCACCAACACCAUGACGAACAACUCAAAGCAUGCGCAGCUCAAUCAAGCUCGCAUAGUCGCUAGCAUCGCAGCGACGGUUAUUUCUCUUGCAUGCGGUACCAAUUACGUCUAUUCAGCAUGGGCUCCCCAAUUCGCCGACCGGCUCAAAUUAUCGUCUACGCAAAGUAAUUUGAUAGGUCUUUCUGGAAACUUGGGAAUGUACUCUCUCGGCGUACCCAUAGGCAUCUUCGUCGAUACCAAAGGCCCACGCCCUGCGGUCAUCGCCGGCGCUAUACUACUGGCAUCAGGCUAUUUUCCAUUGCACCAGGCUUUCGAUCAUGCAGCUGGUUCUGUUCCCCUGCUUUGCUUUUUCUCGUAUCUCACGGGUCUCGGAGGCUGCAUGGCCUUCGCCGCGGCUGUCAAGACGUCUGCCCUCAACUGGCCACAUCACCGUGGCACCGCAACAGCAUUUCCUCUGGCCGCCUUUGGCCUCAGUGCGUUCUUCUUCUCCUUAUUUGGGAGUGUUUUCUUCCCCGGAAACACAAGUGCUUUUUUAGCCACCCUCGCUAUUGGUACAUUUGGUUUACCGUUUGUCGGUUUCUUCUUCCUUCGCGUGCUACCUCCUACCGGAUACCGCCCAGUCGCACGUCCAGAUCCUCUACUGGGCUCUCAAGAGCUUUACAGGACCGAAUCUGAAGAGGCAAAGCACCAAGCCACGCACCACGCACAAAAUACUUCUCGUUUCGAACCCGGUACGUCACCUAGCACAAGUAGCCCUAGCGGCACAGUCGAUCUGUUUCAUGGUGGGAGUGUCCGAGGUACCGAAGCUACUCAUGGGCACGAUGAAGAACAUGGCCUGCCUGACUCAACUGACGGCCCCGAACCUGAUGAGACUUCUUCAUUGGUAUCGAGUGCAUCAUCAAUGCCCGGAGACGUUGUUGUGCAGAGCAGUGUUGAUUUGGAUCGUUCUCAUCGUAUAGAUAUUCGUGGUUGGCAGUUAUUGCGCAUGAUCGACUUUUGGCAAUUAUUCUGUGUCAUGGGUAUUCUCACCGGGAUUGGUCUGAUGACCAUCAAUAACAUUGGCCAUACUGUUAAUGCCCUGUGGCGCCACUGGGAUGACACCGUCGACGAAAAUUUUCUUAUUACUCACCAACAGCUGCAUGUCUCCAUAUUGUCGAUCUGCAGCUUUACGGGACGGCUUCUUAGCGGCGUCGGUUCCGACAUCAUUGUCAAGGUGCUCCGUGGCAGCCGCGUCUGGUGUCUCGUCAUAUCCAGUCUGAUCUUCUCCAUGGCACAAAUUUGCGCAUUGAGCAUAGAGAAUCCGCAUUUACUGGGUUUUGUAUCCGGUCUAUCUGGCCUCGCGUACGGCAUCCUGUUCGGUGUCUUCCCUUCAAUCGUCGCUGAGACCUUUGGCAUUCAUGGGCUCAGUCAAAAUUGGGGUCUAAUGACGCUUUCGCCCGUCAUCUCGGGCAAUGUCUUCAACCUCUUUUAUGGGUCUGUUUUUGAUCAACACAGUGUAAUUGGUCCUGGCGGAGAGCGUAUUUGUCAUGACGGCCGUGGGUGUUACCAAGCCGCCUACUUGGUCACACUGGGUGCCUGCGCAUUAGGAACUGUUACCACGCUGUGGGUCAUUCGCCAUCAACAUGUCACCUGGGCCAAAGAGGACAAGGGGGAGCAGGAGGACUGA